UGGGUUUGGCUGUCUUUUAAAACGUCGGCGGGAAAUAUAAGUGACUUCAGUUCUUUAUCUUAUUUCUGUGAGGAAGUAGCCGAGGCGCGAAAACGAGUAAAAAAAAAUGGUCAGGACGAAAGCUGAUAGUGUUCCUGCUAGCUACAGAAAAGCCGUUGCUGCUUCUGCACCCAGGAAGUCACUUGGCGCCUCCAGUUCAGGGAACAACUCGAGCAGCAGCUCUCAGGCCUCCACACCCGGAAAGAAUAAGUAUGCUGGUGGAAAUCCUGUCUGUCCACGGCCGACGCCGAAAUGGCAGAAAGGCAUCGGAGAUUUCUUUGGUGGCCCGGGCAGGAAGCCGGAGAAGGAGAACGUGCACCCUGUUUCUGAUGGCGAGGAGGCUGGAGGCAGUGGCAUGUCCAAAGCACCCAGGAAGUCCAGACCACUUCCUGAUGAAGAUGAGGAUGAUGAAUAGCUCUCCUCCUUGUUCAGAAUAUUGAAACCCCUAUUGGUACAUAACUUUCAUGAAUUUUUUUUUUUGGGUGUGUAAAUCUUUGUAUAUACCUUUUUUUAUGUUGCGUUCAUUUUUGUACAGAAGUUUAAUAAACUGUUAAGUGUUUCAUCCUGGCUUUUAAUGAUGUAAAGAAAGCAAGGAAUCCUGAAAAUGAUAAACUUCACACAGUGUAAUGGAAUUUUCAGUGGUUGUCAAACAACACAACUGGAAUAUAGCAAGAUUGUGUUAAGCCCACAAGUGCCUACAUGGAUAUGCAUGGUAUUCAAAAUAAAAUAAGUUGUGAUAA